AUGAAAAAAAAAUUCGAAGAGGAGAAUAAAGCUUCCUACAUAUUAAAACACAAUAACAAUGAGUUCAAAAUAGACAUUUCUUAUUUUACGCAAUUACAUGAACAUAAAAUAAAUAUAUAUAAAUUACAAAGUAAUUAUGUUAAUUUAUGUUCUAGUACUUAUGUGAAUAAAAUAAAAUUAGGUUUUAAAUAUAACGUGUUAAAGACAUAUUUGAUAGAAUUUACAUAUCCUUUUAUUCAUGUUAGAACAAUAGAAAUUAAUAAAAAGUCUUUUUUAAAAUAUGAAAAAAAUAAUAUGGAACCUAAUGAAUGUACUAAAACAAUUGAGAAUGACAGUAAUUAUAUUAAUAAUAUAAAUGAUUCGAAUAAAAAAGUUGAGAAAAUAUGGUAUAUAAUGAAUAAUUAUAGAAAUAAUUAUCUUGGUGUUUUAUUAAAUUUUAAUACAUUAGAAGAAUUUUUAAAAUGUAAUAAAGAUGAUCAUAUAAAUUAUACAUUAGAUAAUUUAAAAUGUUAUAUAAAUAAUGACAAAAAGGAUAUAUGUUGUAAGGAUAUGAAUUUAUAUAUUCAUGACAAUAUUUAUGAAGAUACAUUUUGGGAAUAUAAAGAGAACUGUUUAACUGUUUUAGAAAAGAUAAAUAAAUAUUUAAUACUUAGUUUUUUAGAUUUAAAAAAAUAUAUAUGUUAUUAUAGUAUAGCAAAUCCUAUUAUAAAACCAAAAGAUAAUUAUUAUAAAUUAAUAAAAAAUAGUACAAGAUAUUUUUUCUAUAUAGAUUCAAAAUAUGUUUAUAUAAAUACAGAAAAUAGACAUAUCAAUAUUAUAGAUUUAUUUUAUCUAUCUUAUAAAAUAGAUGACUAUUUUAAUAAUUACAAAAUGUUCCUUAAUACUAAUAUUUUUUUAUUACUUAAAUUUGAUAAUAUUCCUCUUCAUACAAUGAAUAAUCAAGACUAUUAUGAUGAAUACAUUAAUAAAUUUUAUACUAAUAUUGAAUGUGAAGAAGAACAAAAAUCAAAGAUAGAGUUUUAUGAAAUUAAUAGUUUUUAUAAAUUGUUUCAAUAUUUAAAACUUCAUGAUAUAUCACAAAAUUCUUAUCACCCUAUGGUAAAUAAAUCUUUUAAUAAUAAUAAUAAUUAUAAUCAUCAUAAUAAUUCUUCAAUGUUACAUAAAAAUUAUGAUAUGGUUAUAUUACCUAUAAAUGCACUAUCUGAAUUAAAAGAAGAUAUAAAAAAUUCAAAAGAUAAAAUCUUAAGAUAUAUUAAAAAAGAUUUUUUUGAUUUAUAUAUAUGUUUUAUUGAUAUCAAUUAUAUUUUUAAUUCUUUAUCUUGGGAUUUUAGAAAUUUAUUAUAUUGUUUAACUCUAAAAUAUGAGUUGUAUGAUUUUCAAAUCGAUGUAUUAGCUUUUAGAGAUAUCUCUUUAUUAAGAGAACAGUAUGUUGGGACCUUCAAAUCUCAAGAGGGAUUUAUUUGGCGCUAUCCCAAAGUUGUCAUGAAGAGAGAAAGUAUAAACAAUCCAAGGAAUUAUAAUGAUAAAAAUAAUGAUAAUAAUAAUUAUGAGUAUAGUCAUAAUAAUAAUUAUGAGGAUAGUCAUAAUAAUAAUUAUAAGGAUAGUCAUAAUAAUAAUUAUAAGGAUAGUCAUAAUAAUAAUUAUGAGGAUAGUCAUAAUAAUAAUUAUAAGGAUAGUCAUAAUAAUAAUUAUGAUGAUAGUGAUCUACAUAAAGACAUAGAUAUGGAUAAGGAUAAGAACAAUUCUUUUCAUUAUAAUCAUAUUAAUAAUUGUCUAUCUCAUCAGGAUGUCUGUUUUUGUUCGGUUACAAAAAUGUGCAAAGUUAAUUAUAAUUCUAUUAAAGAUUGUAACAAUGAUUGGAGAGAUGAUCUUACAAAUGAGUAUUCACAUGAUAUGAAUCCAAUACAUGAAGAUAUAGAACACUCAUCUAGUCAAUAUGAAAAUAAUAUGAGCGUUAAUAAUACUUACAAAAAGGAUAAUAGAAACAUUAAACACAACCAUAAUAAUAUAUACCAUAAUCAUCUAGUUAAGUAUAUUUUAAAUUCGUCCUUAUUUCAGGUGAGGGUUCCUGAUAAGGUACACUUUAUAUAUGAUAAUGAAUCCAAUUAUGUGGACAUAAAUUUAAAUGUUAAAAAGGAUGAUUCAUUAAAUAAACAAGAUAUAAACAUAUUAGAAAAAAAAAAAAAAGGUGACACACGCAUUAUAAAUAGUUAUUUAAAAUCCUUUAGUCAUGAUAAAAUUGAUGAUUGUAUAGAUGUAUCUAGUAAUUUAGGGUUUAGUAUAAAUAUAAGAAAAGAAGAUAACCAUUUAACAACUGGAAUGAAGUAUAAAGAUGAAGAAAUUGAUGUAUUACAUAUUUCGGGAGACGAUGAAAAUAAAAUGAAUAAUAAUAUGAAUAAUAAUAUGAAUAAUAAUAUGAAUAAUAAUAUGAAUAAUAAUAUGAAUAAUAAUAUGAAUAAUAAUAUGAAUAAUAAUAUGAAUAAUAAUAUGAAUAAUAAUAUGAAUAAUAAUAUGAAUAAUAAUAUAAAUAAUAAUAUGAAUAAUAAUAUGAAUAAUAAUAUAAAUAAUAAUAUGAAUAAUAAUAUAAAUAAUAAUAUGAAUAAUAAUAUGAAUAAUAAUAUGAAUAAUAAUUUAAAUAAUAAUAUGAAUAAUAAUAUAAAUAAUAAUAUAAAUAAUAAUAUAAAUAAUAAUAUAAUAAAUAAUUAUAAAAAAUUUUGUUGUGAUAACAAAGUGUAUAAUAUUUUAUGUGGAUGGAAAUAUUAUGAAGAUAAGAGAAAACAAAAGAAAAGUAUUAUAUGUAUAAUCAAUUUGAAUGAUUUUAUAAAUAAAGAUACAAUUCAAAGAAUUUCCUUAGAAUUAAAUAUAAAAUUAAUAAAAUGGAAGAUAUUAAAAGAUUUAAAAUUUGAACAUAUAAAAAAAUUAAAAAUAUUAAUUAUAGGAUUAGGUACCUUAGGUUGUAUGGUAGCUCGUAAUUGUGUAUCAUGGGGAAUACAACAUUAUACUUUUGUGGAUAAUUCACGUGUAUCCUUUUCCAAUAUUAGUAGGCAAUAUUUAUAUACAUUAGAAGAUGCAGAGAAGUAUGGUAAUAUAGGUGAAUAUAAAUGUGUAGCAGCAAAAAAAAACUUAUUAAAAAUUUGCCCCGAUUUAAAUAUAACAGCAAAGGUAAUGGAUAUACCUAUGCCUGGACAUUUAAAUUAUUUGAAUGAAAAUCUUGAGGAUACAAUAACUGAGUUGGAUAAUUUGAUUAAUAAUCAUGAUGUAGUAUUUUUAUUAACUGAUUCGAAAGAGUCUCGAUAUUUUCCAUGUUUAAUGAUAGCCGAGAAGCAAUAUAAUUCUUUGAAGGAAUUACAAGAAGGUGUGAAUGAUUAUAGUGAUGAUAUAAAUAGUAAUAAUAAUAAUAAUAAUAUUAGUAUUCGUAGUAGUAGUAUUAGUAGUAGUAGUAUUCGUAGUAGUAAUAAAUUUACAGAACAUGAUAAUGUGUUAUGUGAAGAAGAAAAUAUGAUUACACAUGAAUAUAUAAAGAAUAUAAAAUGUAGAAAAAUUGUGGAUAAUUCUUUAAAUAAUAUAUCAUUAUAUGAACAAAAUAAUAAUAUAUAUAAAUCUCUAAAUAAUAUACAUAUGUAUGAUAGAUAUCAAGAAAUCUUUUAUAAUAAUAUUCUUACGAGUGUAAAAAGAUUAUGUAAAAUGCCUCCUUUAGGUAUUACGGUAGCAAUAAGCUUUGAUUCAUUUGUUGUGUUAAGACAUUCUUAUUUAUAUUUUAAAGGUGCAUGCUAUUUUUGUAAUGAUAUGCAUUGUCCUUCAGAUUCUUUAUCCUAUAGAACAUUAGAUGAAAAAUGUACAGUUACUAGAUGUGGUAUAAGUAAUAUAAGUAGUAGUAUAGCUACAGAAUUAUUAUUAGCCUUAACACAACAUCCUUUAUAUUUUUUUGCUCCACAUAUAGACAAAGAUCAAUAUAUAUAUAAUUAUGAUAAUGAUAUUAAUCAAAAGAAGAAUUCGGACAUUUCUAAUAUAUUCACUUCAUGUUUAGGUGCUACGCCCCAUAUAAUGAAUUUUAAUUUAGCCAAUUUUACAAUUAAAAAAAUAUUCUGUGAACCUUUUGAAAAAUGCAUGUGUUGUUCAGAACGUGUAAUACUUAAAUAUCAGGAGGAUAAAAUAGAUUUCAUACGAAAUGUUAUUAGGGAUAGUUCCAUUCUAGAAAAAAUUACAAAUAUGGAUCAACUCAAAGUUGAAGAGAAUGAUGUUAUAAUCUUGGAAUAA